AUGGACGGCAGCGCGCCACAAAACCGGCCCCCUCAGCCUGCGCCGCAACAACAAGCCUCCUUGAUCCGGCCUGAGCAGGUCCAACGAUUGCCGCAACUAAAUCCUGCGCAAAAACAGCAGUAUGAGCAAGGUGUCAAAAGAUUCUGGGAAAUUCUGAAUACCACACCGCAAGGCGACCCCAAAUACAACGAAGCCUACCAAGGUCUGGUUCGGACAUCAAGCCAGUUAAUGGCUGGCAUGAAAGCGUGGCAGCAGAACGCGAAACAAAGACUAGCCGCUCAACAACAGCAACAGCAACAGCAGCAGCAACAAGCACAGGCACAGGCACAGGCACAGGCACAGGCACAACAACAGCAGCAGGCACAGCAACAACAGCAGCAGCAAGCACAGGCACAAAAGCCCCCGCAAGGUGGGCAAAUGCGUGCUGCUCCAAGCCAGACUGGAAGUAGUAGUGUGCAAUUCAGCCAACUGUUACCUGAGAUCCAGCGAAAAGUGAACGAGCAGAAUUUCUACUAUCCUCCAGCCAUGAAUAAAGGUACGGAACCAGCUGAAGUUUGGCUACAGGAGGCAAAGGCGAGAUUGGGACAAGCGCUCCAGAGACUGCAGGUCGCGAAACAGAAAAAAGCCGAGUUUCAGAGACAAGCACAGCAACGACAGCAGACUGGCAAUCCUUUGACACCACAAGAAACGGAGGUGUUUAACAGCAAGAUUGCACAAUGCGACCGAGCUGUGAAUGAGAGCACCCAAUUUAUGAAGAAAUUCAAUGAGCAACAAGAACAGUUCCGCGCCGCUCAACCUCAACAUCAGUACAACAAACAAGCAGCAACAGCCGGGGACGGUGCAGAGUCCGCUGCAGUUCCUCACAUGCAGCCUGGUGCCCCAGGCCCAACAGCCCACUCCAUCAGUAGUGCCGUUUCUGCGGCACGCAACCAAGCAAGUGCAGUCCAAGUCGGCAGUGCUCCUGGUGCGACACCUCAACCCGGUCAGAGCGCAACCGUAACCGCAGCCACUCAGCAGACACCGGUGAGUGCAUCCCAGCCACAGUUUCCAUCUGUUCAGUCGGACGCCUCGGCAGGCCCUCGUCCAGUAUCACAUCAAGGUCAAAAUAUGCCACCUCAAGCGGCGCAACAUACCGCUCAGGCAGGUGUUCAUCCGCAUCCUCUUAAUACUAGUAUCAAUGGCGCGAAGACAGCUACUCCAGUCAUUACCAAGAAUCUGCAAGUUACCGAGCCGAAACCUGUGGCCAUGCCGUCUUCCAGACCAACCCUAACCGGGGGCGCAGGCGUAGGAUUGCCGGGCCAGCUUGCACAACCGGCAAUCACCGCACUCCCGGGAUAUGUCUUGGAGUCGAGCGAGGAUGGAAGGGUGCUGUCCAAGAAGAAAUUGAACGAGCUGGUCCGAGAGGUAUGCGGGCCAGGGCCAGAGGAACAACUUGAGCCUGAAGCCGAAGAGGAAAGUUAUCCACACUCUGUUGGACGAGUACCUUCACUAACUUUCUGCCAGAUAUUCCUCGCAAUCGCCGAUGACUUUGUUGACGAACUCGUUUCUACCGCCUGUAAGCUUGCGAAGCUACGUGGUUCCUCGAGCUUAGAGUUGCGCGAUCUUCAAAUCGUCCUCGAACGACAAUACAAUAUCCGAGUGCCCGGCAUCUCCACCGACGAGAUUAGAACUGUACGUCGACCUCAGCCUGCACCAGGCUGGGCUCACAAGAUGAGUGCUGUUCAAGCUGCGAAGUUGACAGGCGGCGGAACUGUGGCAGGCACGGCGGGCGCCGGUUCAAAGGAUAACUAA